GCCAAUUGUAGUUAACAGAGUUACAGGAUGGCAUUUAAACAAAUAUCAUUUAUUUCCAGAUAUCUAGUUAGAAUUCAAAUUUUGGAAAUUAAUUUAUUUAAAAAAAUAUUUUUAACAUGCUUUCAUAUUUUAUAUUGUCUACAUGUUUUUGAUUUACUAUAAAAUAUAGCUACAAUGAAAACAACCAACUUUGGCUUAAUCGAAGAAUUUCACUUCGAACUUAUUUCAUUUUCUAUUUUCGAUUUCGAAAUUCUGAGUGAAAUCAAAUCGAACAAAUUAUGUGCGAUAUUAAACCACUCUGUUGUGUUGGCAAUAAAAUCAUUUGUCAGGAAAAUAAUCGGAAAUGAAAUGGGUCGACAUAAAAAUAGUGCACAGGAAGCCAUCAUGGUUAAAUUUAUGCAAGAGUACCCUGAUCUUGCCUGUGGUACAUUGUUGAACAAACAACUGAGAAAUAACCUAUGGAUGUUGCUGGCCAAUAAGCUGAAUGGUCGGGGGCCACCAAGAAAAACACCUGAGCGCUGGAAGAAAGUUUGGUUCGACUGGCGUUCUGCAGUUAAAAGGAAAAUUGUACAUGAGAGAAACGAAACUGCCGUUGGAGAUCAAGAUGACCUACAAAUUAGAAAAACUUUUCUAUCGUCAAUUGAGAAUAAAUUAGCACACAUUUGUGGAUUUUUAGAUAACGAUAUCGACGGUAUUGCCACAUUAAUGAACAACAAUACAAAUAAUGGAGGUUCAGUAGCUUCAGAAGUUGGUUUUGAAUCUGGAAGAGCAUCUGUAUCAGAAGUAAGUAAAUAUUUGGGUGGUGAUGCUGACAUCAAUGCCAAAGCAAUCAAACAAGAAGAUUUGAGCGAGCACUACGGUAGUAUGACCAAUGUAAUCAAAGAAGAGUUGAUACUCGAUGAGACUGAUAAUGAACUGCCAAUGGAUUCAGAUACUGGUUUUACUACUUUCGAUUUUAGCGAUAAUAGGAAUUCCACUGAAACAGAAUGUAUAACUGUGCCUCCUUUUGUCAUGUGCCCCUCAAUGCUGAGUGAGGUUAAGAGUGAAAAACAAAAUAGUGACGCUGAGCGUUCAUCAAAAGAUCGUAACAUAAAUUCAUUAGAAAAAUCGAAAAAGAACGACGAAGAAUUAGUUCAGCUAGUUACACAGCAAACCACAUUAAUAAAAUCAGUUUCCGAGUUAAUCAAAGAGACCGCCAAAGGACAAGCUGAAAGCUUGAGUGCCAUGAAAGAUAUAAGACACGGCCUGAAGGAGAUGUGUGAAUCAAUAAAUAAACUUAAUGAAGCAACAGCUGAAAAACUCAAAGAACAGCGUAGACAUAAUUAUGAAAUAGAAAAACUCAGGAGAGAAGAAAUGCUGUUACAGAAGCAACAACUUGAAUUGAAUGAGUUGGUGAUAUUUAGAAAGGAUUGAAAUAGACAUGUAAAAUAGUAUUUAAUUUUUUUUUUCACACUACGAACGGAAUACUAAUUUUGUUAAUGUGUAAAGUACACUUAUUCAACAUCAUUCCAAAAAACCCCUUUAAGUUUUUUUAAAUAAAAUAUGCCUUAUAUAAUAA